AUCAGCAUGAAAGAGGGUUCCACGAGCGUUACGUUACAACGUAAACUCCUCUUGCUGAGCCCUGUUGGAGCUAUCACCUUAGUGAUAGUGUACAUGAGUUACCAACCAAGGACAGUUUAUCUGCCAGGAAUACAGACACACUCAGAACAUGAUACUUGUCCCAGUGUAUUAAAACAUAUGCUGAGUGGUUCAUGGGCCACACGACGUCUGGUCAAGAACGAGGAAGAUGAGAUUGAGGCAUUUUUACUGCAAGGUCUCUACGCUGUAAAUGGAAGCGAUUAUUUCGAAUUGCCAGAUAAACGAUGCGGGAACCUAGGGUACUACCCAGUGAUGUCUCAAGACGAAAUGGCAAGCUGGACCCGGGUUAUGUGUGACCCUAGAGGAAGUAGCCCGUGUUGCUAUGAAAACAAGUGUCAGAUGAAAACAAUUAAGGAAUGCAUGUGCAGCAACUGCUAUGACCUUCGACCUCAGAUACAUGCCGAAUAUUCAAAAUGGAGUCCCGACGAUGCCAGAUGUCAAGUGAAAACAUUUUCACCCAACGCUGCCUGCGAGCUCCUCCGGGAAGGCACCUAUCACUUCUAUGGGGACUCCAUUGUCAGAAUGGUGUUUCUCGCCCUCAUCAUCAUACUCAAGGGAGACAAUCAAUAUGGCGGACUUCGACCCGAUGCACCUAUAGAUAUUAAAAAAACAUGUUCUGGGAUGUACGUGUUUCCAACGCGGAACUGUCGAGCGUUUUUGGACUAUUCCCCGACACUCUGUAACGGGACAGUAACAGUGGUGUUCCGACAUUAUCCAAGGAGUCAGGACGUUCCAAAGAUGAGGCGAGAUGUCAAGGAAAUUCUAGAACAACCAAAAUCUAUCAUCUUCUUCGGAGCUGGCGCAUGGCAGCAUUUUGAUAGGUUGGACAUGAAGAUAUAUGCCUUGGCUGUAAUCAGCUUACUUCAGGGCAACAGUCGAUUGUGGCCACAAUUGAUAUGGUCAGGCUUUCAUUCUUUCGGACUCUGGCAUAGACAUAUUGUACCAACAUCUGAUAAUGCUCACGUUGAACCCUUCAACAGAUAUAUGGAGGACCUGGUGGGAGCAUUCAAUGUACCCGUGUUUGAUACCUUCAACAUGACUAAAGGAGUGAGGAGCGUGGAUGGCACGCACUAUGGCCCUGGGGUCAACUUUGUUAAAGCUCAGAUAUACUUGAAUUAUAUAUUAGAGUUAAAACGACAAGGAAAGUGGAAAUGACAUGUGACAUAAGUAGUUUCAGCUUAGCGUCCCGUGGCAAAGGGACACUCAGUGUAUUCCAUACUCGCUGGAAAAGCAUAAAGUUUAGACUGGAUGCCUUUAUCUGCUUGAUUGUGUGGUGCUCUACCACUAAUCUGGUUUGUCAGAUUUUAUUAUUUAAAUCUGACGUGAUGUCAUUUGCUAAGUGUAGAAGGAUAAACAAUCAGUCGGUCACGUGGAAUUAUGUUGUGACGGUAUGACACCACUGACCCUUUAGGGUGGUCAGGUUGGUGAAAGCAUUGGCUCACCACAUCGAAAACCCGGGUUCGAUUCCCAACUUGGUACAAUGUGUAAAGCCCCCGUCAUGAUAUUGCUGUAAUAUUGCUAAAAGCUGAGUAAAACCAUACUCUGUUACUCACUCAUUAACCCUUUAUAGUUCAUGACAUAUUUGUGUUAAAUGUGUAGUACGUUUGGUCUGUGUACUUGCCUACCUAUCAGUCCUUUGUUUCGCAACCUUACGACACCAUAUUUAUAGUCACUGGCAGUGUCCACAUUCGUUGUAAUUUGUGUACACUUGAAGUCAUCACAUAGGCACACUGCAACAGUUCCAAGUUAAUCAGGUGAAGGUGGGAAACCAAUGUCAGGUGUCCAACGCCAUGUCGUUCCUUGAUUAUAUCAUGCAAUUCAAAAUACCAAGAUGUUUCAAUGUUUACAAAUUGGACGGAAAUUCUGCUUAAUAUGUUCAGUGGACCCACGCUGUCUCCUCCCAAAUCCUCCUUCCGACAGGGCCCUAAAUCCACUUUUCUCUCUUGGAAUGACAGUUCAUACUCAAACUGGUCACUUGAUCUUACAUAUUUGUAUGGACUUUGUUCAAGAAACGUACGGCACGUUAUGAGUGAGUGGGUUGGGUUUAAAGCCGCUUUUAAUAUUAUUCCAGUUAUAUCAUGUAGUUUCAUACUUUUGGUGAUAACAUGUCAUUUGCAAUUUCAUAUAUUUAGUGAGUGAGUGAGUUUUUUUAACAGUAUUCCAGUUAUAUCACGGCGUGUCAGCUUAAUGUGGGAGGAAAACCAGAAGUUUACAACUUUGGUGAAAUCCAAGAGCACGGGUAUGGUGCUGACGAUCCUAGGAACAUAUUCUGGACGCACAGGGAUUCGAACCCAAAAUCAUAGGUUUCUGGAGUGCCAAAGGGACGCAACACUGCACAGUGAAUCGUAGAGCCUGAGACGA